AUGAGCUUGAUUGCCUACGGCGCGGCGUUUCAAGAGCAGCGAUCCUCUUUAGAGUCGAGUGCGCCAGCCAGCGACGAUAGGGCAAGCUCCAGCGUAGAGCCGAUGAGUGAUGAGCCGAUUUCGGGGCACCCGCCAAAGAUCAUUCCUCGGCAUGGGCCACGGAGAGGAUCAAUUCGACCGUCUUUCAGAUAUGUGACAUGUGGUUCAGAUGGGAACAGCUACAAAAACAAGGGAUCCGGGCCCAUGUUUCAGCAGGCGGUUCUAGGGAAGAUGUCCAGGCUACCGGCCUCUUUGGUUGGAGACGAUAAUGCCGCUGCACAUACACUUGCCGAGAGUGCCACGUCAGAAGGAGCAAAGCUGGAGGGAGGAAUGAAAAAGGGCGAUGGUUUGGUCCUGCUCAAGUUAUUACAGGGGUUCAAGGCGACGCACCUGUUGCAGCAAAUCCUGAGGCACCUGAGUCCAUGGCUGUUGAUUCCGGAGUCCCACCAGCCAGAAAUGGAAGUGUCUCCAGCUGUCUCCGAAAAUGCUCCCGUCCCGGCCGCAAUGGAAGUAGACCCUAUGGUAGUUCCUAUUCCCGAUGAGAGUGAUGAGGACUUGUUGUUCGGCGAUGACUGUUGCUUUUUUACCCAUCCUGCGGAAGGGCAGGUGUGGGAACUGACUCUGCAUGAGACGGCGGUCCCGGUUGCUGAUCUUCCUUCGGAAAGCGAGGCUCUUCAGUACAUCCUUCUUGCCUCCGAUGAGAAGAAGAGGAGGGUGGAAGUUUACAUGCGUGAUCUCAGUAGGCAAGAGAGGGAGCUGUUUGACACAGCCAAAACGAAGGAAGUGAAGGCAUGGAUGGACCACAGAACGGACCCUGACUUGCAGACUGUCCCCAAUGAUGCCCCUACUUUAGCUAAAGAUGCCAGACAGCUUCUGUUGCAGAAGAUCGUUUCUCAGCGGUGGAAGUUGAUCAACUUCGACAUCUCCACUGCCUUUCUACAAGGCAAAGGGGAUGGACGGGCUUUGGGCAUUCGCGCACCUCCAGAAAUCAGGGCAGCUUUAGGGAUGAGGGACAGGGAUCAGUUACGGGGAAUCUACAGUUUCGGGGCUUAUGAAGAAAUGGACUUCGUUUUCACAGGCAUCCACUUCAAGCAGUGGGACGAUGGGAGCGUGGAAAUGGAUCAGCAUAAGUAUGUGGAGCAGAUUCAGCCUAUCCAUGUAGCGAGACUUCGGAGAGCUGAUCCAGAGUCCGAGCUCACAGGCCCUGAAGUCAAGGAGCUUCGCAGGAUCAAUGGUAGCCUUCAGUAUGCUGCUGUUCACACGCGGCCUGAUCUAGCAGCUAAGGCCAAAUCCCAUGCAGUUUCUAUCAUGAUAGUGCCCAUUGAGGAGUCGAAUGUCACCUUUUGCACCUUUUCCGAUGCCUCUUUCGCAACAAGCAGGGAUCAGAACUCAUACCAGGGAUGUUUAGUGCUUGCCACUGACUGGCGAAUGUUGGCAAAUGAAAGGGCCGUGGUGAUUCCGAUGGCUUGGUCGAGCAAGAAAAUCAACCGCGUAGUCAAGAGCACCCUUAGCGCUGAGGUAGUGUCACUCUGUGGGGCCAUCGACCGAAUGUCAUGGAUCCGGCUCUGUUGGGAGUGGUUCAAAGACCCCGGAGUUGAUAUCACUCGUCCCGACGAGAUCUUGAAGCGAGCUCCGUGUGCCUCCUUAGUCACUGACUGUAAGAGCGCAUAUGAUAUUGCUACCAAGACAGCGGUACCCAGUUGCACGGAACUCCGCACUCAACUCGAAUGUCUUCUUUUGCGAGAGCGCUUGCAAGAGAAUUGCAAGAUGCGUUGGAUUCAUUCCAAAGCCAUGCUGGCGGAUUGCCUUACGAAGACCAUGGAUAGUUCCCUUCUCCGUGAGUGUAUUCGUUUAGGGGGUUAUGCUCUAUUUGAUGAACAAAAGGUUCUUGAGGAUAGGGCGGGGAAGCGGCAAUCGCUGAAAUGGCUACGGGAUCAGAAUUCCGCUCCUUCGGACAAGCCGUCUGAGUGA